AUGGCGUUUAGUUUUGGCGCUGCCACGAGUAAUCCGGCUACAAGCACGGCUGGUUUUUCCUUUGGCUCGUUUGGCGCCAAAACCACUGCACCUUCCACAACGUUUGGGUUUGGUGCUCCGGCCGUCGCCACCACGGCUCCAUCUGGGUUCGGCACUUUUACAGCCCCGAACUUCGGCACUGCUACGACUAGUGCAGCAGCGCCCUCUACAGGCUUUAGCUUCGGUUCAAAUGCCACCGGAACCUUUGGCGGAUUCGGAACCACAACGACCUCUGCCGCGGCUCCAGGCUCCACCUUCAGCUUCGCGACUCCAGGGAACGCCACAGGGAGUCUCUUCGGAAACACACAACAGAACAAAGGUUUUGGGUUCUCCUCCGGUCUCGGCGCCGGGACCACAGCGGGAACCUCCGCCUUCGGGACCGGUUUGGGGACGACGAGCCUCGGAGGGUUCGGAGGGUUUGGUCUUCAGCCGCAGCAGCAGCAGCAGCCAGGAGGCCUGUUCGGUCAGCAGGCUCCGCAGCCGGGCCAAGCUCAGCAGACGCAGCUCUAUCAGCAAGUCAUGGCUCUGUCCGCCCCGACUCUAUUAGGAGACGAGCGGGACACCAUCUUGGCCAAAUGGAACCAGCUGCAGGCGUACUGGGGCACCGGGAAGGGCUACUACGCCAACAACAACCCUCCCGUCGACUUCAACCAAGAAAACCCCUUUUGCCGCUUCAAGGCUGUUGGCUAUAGCUGCAUCCCCGUCACCAAAGAUGAAGACGGAUUGGUGGCGUUAGUUCUCAAUAAAAAAGAACAAGACGUGCGGGCCCAGCAGCAGCAGUUCGUCGAGUCGCUCCAGAAGGUUUUGGGAAAUAAUCAAAUGUUGUCCGUCAACGUGGAAGGAGUGAAGUCCCUGCCAGACGAUCAGACCGAAGUGACCGUGUAUGUGGUGGAGAGGUCGCCGAACGGGACCUCGAAGCGCAUCCCUGCCUCCACGCUCUUCGGUUACCUGGAGCAGGCCAACAUCAAGAUGCAGCUCACUCAACUCUCCGUCAUCAUGUCUGUCGCACGCACAGAGCUGUCUCCUGCACAACUCAAGCAGCUGCUGCAGAACGCCCCUGCUGGUGUUGAUCCUAUCAUUUGGGAACAGGCGAAGGUGGAUAAUCCUGAUCCAGAGAGAUUAAUCCCUGUACCAAUGGUGAGUUUCAAAGAGCUGCUGAGGAGGCUGCAAAUCCAGGAGCAGAUGACCAAACAGCAUCAGACCAGAGUGGAUAUAAUCUCCAAUGACAUAAGUGACCUGCAGAAGGACCAGGCGACGACAGUGGCUAAAAUCGCCCAAUACAAGAGGAACCUUAUGGACCUGUCCCAUAGAGUUUUGCAGGUUCUGAUAAAGCAGGAGAUACAGAGGAAGAGUGGAUAUGCCAUUCAAGUAGACGAAGAGCACCUCAGAGUCCAGCUGGACACCAUUCAGUCCGAACUCAAUGCUCCCACGCAGUUCAAGGGCCGUUUGAAUGAACUCAUGUCUCAAAUCCGGAUGCAGAACCACUUUGGCGCCGUGAGGUCAGAGGAGCGCUACAGCGUCGACGCCGAUCUGCUCCGAGAAAUCAAACAACAUUUAAAACAACAACAGGACGGCCUCAGCCAUUUGAUAAGCGUCAUCAAAGACGAUUUAGAGGACAUCAAACUGAUCGAGCACGGACUGAGCGACAGUGGACACAUCAGAGGAGGCCUUCUCAACUGA